GUUACUGAAAUGUAUCAGAAUAAGAAGAACCCUUAAUUGAUAUAAUAGAGAAUGCCAGAGGGACAGGGAAAUGGCUUCGGCCGCGAUUUUGUCAUGUUUGUGGUGGCGGUGACCAUCGUGGUGGUUCCUUACUGGUACGAUAGACGUCUACAGAGGGUGGACGAGAAGAUGCAGAUGGUUCUCACACAGUCGGAGAAAACAAACCAGAUGACGCUCCAGCUCGUGAAGGCUGAGUGUGAUAAUAGAUAUCAAAGACUUAAAACAUUCUAUGAGGACUACAUCAAGCGUCUAAAUGAAGAUCAGACCAAUCGGGUUCAUAGAAUGGAAAACUCAUACGAGGAUCUGAUUUACCACCUCGAGGAAGCUUAUAAAACCAAAGUAUCCCGGAAAGGCGAAAAGAUUGACGUUUCCGACAGCUCAGGAAAUAAGUCUUGUCCAGAUGGAUGGGUGUCCUUUGGUCCUUCUUGCUACGUAGUGAUCCAUACAGUAGCAACCAUGCCAGCAGCGAUGCAUCAAUGUUAUGAUCUGAAUGCAAAGUUGGCGGAAAUCGAGACUGAGAAAGAAAGAAACUUCAUAGUUCAACACAUGAAAGACCUAAAAUCGCCAGAAUGUAUGUGGAUUGGAGGGUCUGACGCUAUCAUAGAGGGUCAGUGGUAUUGGAUGACGUCACAGAUGACGUUUACGUUCGCUGAUUGGGUGGAAGGGGAGCCAAACAAUGACAGGGGAGGGGAGGAUUGCGUUCACAUCAAUCCCAACUCUGAUUACCACUGGAACGACGCCAAAUGCACCAUAGCCUACAAGUUUAUAUGUGAGAAAGAGAAAGAUGUAAAGAAGAGAAUCAUUUUUUAACGAAGUCGACAUGAGAUUUUUACCUUGGUCUUUCAUUUUUCUACAAAGAAUUAAAAAGUGAUGUAACACUUUUAAUUUUGAUGACCUCAUUAGAAGGAUUAAAUACAACUGAAUAAUCUUUUAUAUUAAGCAAAGGUUUUUACCUUACAAUUUCUGUCUGUUUUCAAUAAACAAAUUCAAUCCA